CCCCUGCUCUGGGCAGGAAAGCUCUUGCAGCUCUGCCUCACGGCUGGCAGGAAAUUCAAGACGGCAGUGAGCCGCUGCUCGGACCACCCCCAGGCUUUUCUUCCUGCUCAUGCAGGAGACUAUUUAAUUGAGGGCUGAUUUGUCCAGCUUACUCAUUGAUGCUCAGCAGUACCCACCUAACCAGUGGGAGUGAUUAUUUCCCUCCCUCCCUUCCUCCUCUUUUGGACAAGCUGCCCACCAUGAAGAUGCUGCUGCUGCUGGUUGCUCUGCUGUCUGCUGCCAGGGCAGCCCCUCCGACCUGCUACUCCAGGGUGCUGUCUCUGAGCAAGGAAAUCACUGAGUCCUUCAGGGAGCUGCAGACCUCCACAACUGUGGACUCGUGCGUGGGGACGCUGCCCAGGCUGUACUUGGACAUACAUAAUUACUGUGUGCUGGCAAAGCUCCGUGACUUUGUGGCCUACCCUGGCUGUGACAGAGUGCCUGAGGUGAAUGAGCUGAAGGAAAAAGCCCGGAGCCUGUACACGAUCCUGAUCUCCUACUGCAGAAGGGACCUGGUGUUCCUCACUGAUGACUGUAAUGCUCUGGAAAUUCCUAUUUCACCUCCCAUUGAACACUCCAUCACUGCGAGCUAAAAGACACUUAACCCAAAAGUUUUACCUGGGAAAGUUUCAAGGAGACCAAAAGUCAAAAUGUGUAUAUGCAGUCUAUAGCAUUAACAACUAAGAUAUUUUUCAAGCACACUAGCAAUAUAACCUCAGACCUACCCAUUUUUCUCUGCCUUGGCAGGAAA